AAGUGACUGCCCUCCUCAUGAAAUAAGGUUUGCACUGCCGUGUUUGUCCUCUCAGGUUUCAGGACUCAGCCUGUGUCCUCAGGUUGCGUUUCCUUCACAGAUACCUGGUGUUGAUGGAAUGUAAUUCUCUAUCAAGGUUCCACAUAAAGAGAAGCUUCAACUAAUGAAAGAAUGAACACCAGCGGCCACCAGGAAGUUCCUGCAGAAGUUCAAGAGACAGAUUUUGGGGGUCCACCUUUGCAGGAGCAGAAGAGGAUCAUCUACUUCUCCAGUGGAGAAACUCUGGAGCUGGAAGAACCUGGAGAAGAUGAGGCAGAGAAGCGGCAGUCAAAAAGAACCGUCUGCGGAGAUCCAGGAGGGAAGACCAGGAUAUCCUUCAAGAAUGUGGCCAUUCUAGUUGGGAGGAUGUCGCUGCUGGCUUGUGAUUUCCUUGGAGAGAGACUGGCCGGUGCUCUUGGACUGAAUGCAGCCAAAUAUCAAUACGCAAUAGAUCAGUACCACCGUGAACACAAGGAGAACCAGGCGGAGAACAUCCACUUUUCCCCUAAAGUCGAUGGGAGCCAUUAUGGAGCUACAGGAGACGUGAGCCGUCCCUCUGAUGUCCAUCAGAGCUGCGAGGACAGACACAAAGACGACGGGUGUCAGAAUAGAGCUUAUCAGGACGAUGAGGACAAUAAAACUUACAGCUGAUGCAGAAAAACAGAGAAGAACGUAAAACCUAACGUGCAAAGUGACUGUUCUCUGUGCUUUCAUAAUAGCAACUGUUUGUGUCUAAGCAGAGAAAAUAUACAAAAGUGAUCCCAGAAGUAAAAAAAAAAUAAAAAUCAGUUACAUCAUUAUUUUAGUUAAAACAAAACAAACAAAACAAAGAAAAACACUAUUUUCUCAGUGUUUUCAUUGCAUUUAAGGAUCAACAGGUAGCUAUCUGCCCCUCCCCAACCUAUUGGGGAGUUCUGCUACUUAGUUUGCACACAUACUUACCCAUUCCCUACACUUAUAGAAAAGAAAAAUUAAGCUUUUCCUCUGACAAAAAAAUCAUGGAUAGUCAUAUUGGAAACCAUCCAUCAAUUUUAGAUAAAACUAAAAUGUUAAAUUUGAAGCUGUGAGCUCACUACCUUUACAGAUGUCAUAAUCUACCAGCUAAUAUCAGCAUAAACAUAAAAUAAUCUACAAAAUGAGUAUUUAAAGUUUUAAUGCAGCUAUUUGUUGUGUAAUGGAAUAAAAGUAACAACUGUAGAGUAAAAAGAUUAUUAUAGCUAACUGUAAGAUUAAGUUAUGAGCUACUUUGAUGACAGUACAGAUAUUAGUUGAUUUUCUUUUCAAACAUAAGGAUUUAGAUCAUGAAAUUAAUUAUGUUUUCUCUUGUAUAUCAUACUUUUUUAAAGUCAAUGUUAUCACACCAUGAGAAUGUGAUAGUAAAUGAAAGUGCUGUGAAAAAUACCUGCAGUUGGAAACAAAUGCAGCUUUGUUCAUAUCUAUUUGUUGUACGUGAGCGCCCUCUUGUGGCGCCCAUGGGAAAUGCUCAGGAAUUUUUGGGGAGACAUUAUGGAGAGGAGGGCUCACUUUUUCCCAUUAAAUAGAUAGUUUUAUUCUCCCUG